UUUUGAUUUCUGUGCAUUAAGUCGAAUUUUAUAGAAGCACAGGCGACACUGUAUAUGAAUUUAGAAUUCUAGUGGUGGUUUUACUACUCUUUACUGCAUAUGAAUUUUGGGAUUAUACAAUUAAAUUUGCUAUUAGGAAUUUACAUUAUACUGCUAUUUUGAAUUUACUUUCUAUUUACUAGUACAAUUUUGCCGCGAAUUUUUGUCGAUCCAUUUUUGUUAAUAUUAUACUCCUAUAAUCCAUUAAUAUUUAUUUUUAGAAAAAGGCUAAUUUAUGAGCCACGCCGGCGCCGCGUGUGGCGGCGGCCACCCCUUUAGAUGAUUUGAAUGGAAAGCAACCCCACCCACGCCCCUUGUUUCACGCAGCCACCUCCUUCCGCGGUGGUAACAACCAUAGCCCCUCAAUUUCUCCCCUAAUUCCCCCAGAUCUCAUCCUCCUCCUCCCCCAUGGCUACGAUCAUCUCCCCUUCCUCUCCCGACGACAUCCCCACCGCCACGCUCGCCCUUCCCACCCCCACGCCCGCCCCCCGGCGCCUCCCCCCGCCGUGCUGGACCCCCGAGGAGACCGUCGCCCUCAUCGACGCCUACAAGGACAAGUGGUACUCCCUCAGCCGCGGCAGCCUCCGCGGCCACCACUGGCAGGAGGUCGCCGACGACGUCGCCUCGCGCUGCCCCGCCCACCCCGCCAAGACCUCCGUCCAGUGCCGCCACAAGAUGGAGAAGCUCCGCAAGCGGUACCGCGCCGACAUCCAGAGAUCCGCCGCCCGCAGAUCCGCCUCCUCCUGGGCCCACUUCCAGCAAAUGCACUCCAUGGAGAAGGGCACCGACAUCCCCACCCCCCCUCCGUCUUCCUCAUCCGAAGAAGAUGAAGAAGAGCACAACACCAAGAGCAACAGCGUCAAACGCCGCAUCAACGAUCUCUACAACCGCCACGCCAAUCAGAGCAGCGCAUCCACGCCCGGGGUCCGGAUCAAGAUGCCUGGCGCGGCGGCCAAGCCUCCAAACCCUAACCCUAGAUUAAUCCCCAAUUCGAGUGGUAAGCCGUCGGUGGUGGAAGCGAUACAGGAGUUGGGAGAAGGAUUCGUGAGGAUGGAGAAGAUGAAGAUGGAGAUGGCACAACAGAUUGAAGAGAUGCGGAUGGAGAUGGAGCUCAAGAGAACGGAGAUGAUUCUCGAUUCGCAGCGCAGAAUCGUCGACGCUUUUGCUCGUGCCAUCAAAGAAGCCCAAGAAUAAUCACUAUGCCUAAAACUCAUUUGUAACUCUAUCCAUUUCUCUUCCUUUCCGUACAAGUGCAAAAUGGAUUUGUUACUUUUUUAUGAUGACAAAACUAAGUUCAAAUUUAUCAACACCAAACAUUGCUAUUCAUA